GGCGGAGCGGGCGCGCAGGGCGCCGGGCCGCGGGUCGGGCCUGGCCUGGCCGCCCGCCAUGUGGGGCAGCGGCAGCCCCGGCGGAGGUGCAGCUGCAGCCGCCGUGGUGACUGUCGUCCUGAGCGGGACCCGGGACUGCUUCCUGCACUUGCCUCCCGAGCUGGCCGCGCAGCUGCGCCUGCAGCAGGGCCAAGCUGUGAAAGUGUCCUGUGGUCGUCAGCCUGCGUUUUUGAGCUGGAUAGAAAUGAGGCAUCGAGGUCACCAGGGUGAGAGCAUUGCAGAGCUCAACAGACAGUUAGCAGAGAAGCUUGGCAUUGCAGAUGGAGAACAGGUAUUUCUUGAGCCCUGUUCCCAUGUCUCCUCCUGUCAGCAAGUAGAAGUGGAACCACUCUCCACAGAUGACUGGGAAAUUCUGGAGCUGCAUGCAUCCUCCCUGGAGAAGCAUCUUCUGGACCAGAUCAGAGUGGUGUUCCCCAGGGCCAUCUUCCCUGUCUGGGUGGAGCAGCACACUCACCUCUACAUCCAGAUCGGUACACUUGUGCCAGCAGCCUCCUAUGGGAGGUUAGAGCCCUGCACGGAGCUGCUGAUCAUUCCCAAAGCGCGGCAGCUGGAGGAGAAGGUCACCAGCACACCUUCCACAGACACCGUGCUCAGGAGCUUCCUGAGCAGGAGCAUGGAGCACGAGGAGACGGUGAAGGACCCUUUUGCCAGCCAACCUUACCUAAAGCCAGCAGGCCUUGAGCAGAGUAAGGCUGAUGGGAACACGAGCUUGGGCUCAAAUGUUCUCCCAAACAUCUGGAGUUUCCUGGGCAGUGUUUUCUCUCAUCCAGCUGAGCAGAACCAAAGGGCUCCGUGCAACAGAGAAGCAGUGAGCAGCUUCAAAGCCAGGCUGAACCUAAUUCACAUGGAUUCCAUCUUCAGAGUGUGCCAGUGCCAGCCUCCCAGCGUGCAGAACACACCUGCCACCCAUGCUUUCCUGAGAUCCAGUGCCAUUCAUGUGUUCCCCUGGGACUUGGAGUUCACUGAUUUGGAUCCCACUCCUGUCGUUUCCUACGGCAGAAUCAAGGAGCUGCUGUCCCCGAGACAGCGUCACCAGGAAGCAAGGCAAGGGCAGCCACCUGAAAAGCAAACCCACCUGGCUGGCACAGAAGACAAAGCCCCCUCCAGCUCUGGCAGCAGUCGAGCCCCCAGUGAGGCACCUCCCGUGCAGAUGGUUUGGAAUGGGUUUGAAGACCUGAGGAGCUCCAUAGAGGGAGGCCAUGGCGGGGAGGCUCGGCACGUCGGCAGAGUCUGGAUUCCAGAUGGCCUGAGGAAGAAGCUGCACAUCGGAAUGCAUUCAACAGUUCAGAUUCAAUCCAUCGAAUCUGUUCCUCAGAUUCCUCUCUCCCUUAGCCUGCAGCCCAAGCAGAGCUUACAUCAAGAUGCAAGUGAAGAUGAUGUGAAAGCUGCUUUCAGUUCCUGGCUGCAGGCUGCCACUGCUGAUGAUCUGCCAUGGCUCAUGCCAAGCACUGACUGUAUCCAGCUGGCUGUUGGAGAAGGAGUGGAGGAGUUUGUCCUUAGUGUGGUGCUUCCUGCACACACUGAAGAAAACAAAGCUGAGGAUAUUUUUAUGCUGGGUCCCAGUUUGCUGCCAGAGACUAACAUGCAAGUUCUUUUACAGCCUCUAGCUAGAGAAGCUGAUGGUGACCACCAGCCCCCUGUAUGUGACACAGACAGCAGCCUUCCUUACCCCAAGCUGAGGGAUUUAGGAGGCGUGGAGAGGUUGGGAGCCUCCUGCUGGGAGCACCUGAGCCGCAGCCUGCUGGCCCGGCCGCUGUGGCAGAAGCUGGCUGCUGUCGCCGCGGGGCUGCGCAGCGGAGGGCUGCUGCUCACGGGAGCAAAGGGCAGUGGAAAGUCAACCCUGGCCAAGGCCAUCUGCAGAGAAGCAUUCCAGAGGCUGGAUGCUCACGUGGAGGUGAUCGACUGCAAAGCUCUCAGAGGGAAGAGAUUGGUAACCGUAAGGAAAACUCUGGAAGAAGCUUUCUUGGAGGCAGCCUGGAGGCAGCCAUCCCUCCUCCUGCUGGAUGAUCUGGAUCACAUUGUUGGAGCACCUUCUACAGCAGAGCAUGAGAGCAGCCCUGAGACCAUCCAGAGCAACAGACUUGCUUAUGUUCUGAAAGACCUGAUCAAGGAAGUCGCUGCCUUGGGCAGUCUGAUUGCGCUGAUGGCCACAAGCCAGUCGGAACAUUCCCUGCAUCCUUCCCUGGUGGCAGCUCAAGGAACUCAUCUAUUUCAGUGCUUCCAAUGCAUCCCACCUCCAGAUCAGAAGCAGAGAUGUGAAAUGCUGCUCUCCAUAACCCAGCACAAACUGAACUCAGAGCUGAAGCAGCAGCCCGAGCUGGACCUGCAGUGCAUUGCGAAGGCCACAGAAGGGUUUGUGGCCAGAGACCUGACCAUGCUGGUGGAUCGUGCACUUCAUGCCUGUGUCUCCAGCCAGGCUGCAGCCCACACUGCUGAACUGACUCUGUCAACUGUGGACUUUCAGAAAGCUCUGCAAGAUUUUACUCCGUUAGCUCUGAGAAAUGUCACCCUUCAUAAACCUAAAGAUGUUGGCUGGGACAGGAUUGGAGGCUUGAAAGAUGUGAGGCAAAUCCUCAUGGAUACCAUCAUGUUACCUGCAAAGUACCCAGAGCUCUUUGCAAAGCUGCCCAUCCGACAGAGGUCAGGAGUCCUGCUCUAUGGAGCCCCUGGAACAGGGAAAACUCUCUUGGCAGGAGCUGUUGCUGGGGAGAGUGGAAUGAAUUUCAUCAGCAUCAAGGGCCCAGAGCUGCUCAGCAAAUACAUUGGAGCAAGCGAGCAGGCAGUGAGAGACAUCUUCAGCAGAGCUCAGGCCGCUAAGCCUUGCAUCGUUUUCUUCGACGAGUUUGAUUCCAUCGCUCCCCGCCGCGGCCAUGACAACACAGGAGUCACUGACCGAGUGGUCAACCAGCUGCUGACACAGCUGGAUGGUGUGGAAGGCUUACAAGGGGUUUAUGUGCUGGCUGCUACCAGUCGCCCAGAUUUGAUCGACCCUGCUCUGUUACGGCCAGGCCGCCUGGAUAAGUGCCUCUACUGCCCACCCCCUGACCAGAACUCACGCUAUGAAAUCUUGAAAGCUCUCAGCCACUCCCUGUCGCUGGCUAACGAUGUGGACUUCCAGGAGCUGGCAGCAAAAACAGAGCACUUCACAGGGGCUGACCUAAAAGCUUUGUUGUACAACGCCCAGCUGGAGGCAAUCCAUACAAACCUAGGCUCGGGUUUAACACAGGACCUUGUUUCCACCUCUGACAGUGACUUCAGCCUCUCCUCCAUGGUUUUCCUAAACCACAGCAGUGGCUCAGAGGACUCAGCACUGGAUGGAGAAGCAGGACUAGAGCAGUCUCUUGUUUCUUUAGACAUGUCUGACUUGCUGCCUGAGGAUCCAAGGUCCAACAUGUACCGGAUUUAUUUUGGAAGCUCUUACGAAUCGGAGCUGGGAAAUGGAACUCCUUCAGAACUGAGCUCUUUGUGUUUGUCUGGACCAAACUCCAUCACUCACGAUUUUACCAGCGUGGCACAGAGAGAUGUGGCCACCUCAUCCCAACCUGCAGUGCUCAGAGCAGCUUCUCAGGAGGACUCCCUGGAGAAUCAUCAGGAGCAGCAAGCAGAGCCCCUGAGGACAGAAAUCAGCAGCACCAAAGCCAGCUGCAGGAGCAGGAGUGGGGAGGACAGCACCCUGAACCAGUCAGUGCUGGCCAAGAACACCUUUGUCAUUAGCCAGUCACAUCUGCUGACUGCACUGGAGGGCACCAGACCAUCCCUCAGCCAGCAGGACUGGAAGAACUUUACUGACCUGUAUGAGAACUUUCAGAAUCCCAGGAAGAGGAAAGGCCAAGCUGGCUCCACCUUCAGACCAGGACAAAAAAUCACUCUAGCAUAGUCACCUCUGUUUGCUUCCAAUUGCUGCUCUGAAACUGGAAAGGACCAAUGUGAUGAAAUCAGUUACUGAUGCCUGCAGCAGCUGAGGCUGUUUCUUUUGACCCUCCCCACUGUCCACUGCUGUCACAUUUCAUUUGGCAGACAGUGAUCUCCCUCCAGGUGGCUAUUAAAGUUUUGAGAGAACACUG